UCGCGAACUUAAAGCGUCUUCCAGCCUUUUUCCUCCCACUUGUAGUGCAUGCCCUCCUGCGACGACUACAUCUCUGAUCAAGUUUUUUCGCUCCGAGGUUUCUGAAGCAAUUUCGAAUCGAACGUUGCAAGAUGUUCAUUUCGUCGGCUUUUCGCUUUUACAAGACGCCUGGUGCUUUCAGGAACGUUCGAGGAUUUGCGACGAUCUCCUCUUCACAUGUCCCCGCUGCUUUGCACCUAAAGACGGGACAGUCAUUCAUGGGGAAGUCGUUCGGUGCCCCCAUCAGCAUUUUCGGCGAGACCGUGUUCUCGACAUCCAUCACUUCCUAUACCGAAUCCAUGACCGAUCCCUCGUAUCGGCAUCAGAUUCUGGUUUUCACAACACCAAUGAUUGGGAAUUAUGGAGUCCCUAAAAACGAGGCUCCGUACGAAGCUCCGGAUGUGGGGGUUGUUUUGGAGUCACAGGGCGUCCAAUGUGCCGCUGUUGUCAUUCAGGAUCUUGCUGAUCAGUUCUCGCACUACCAAGCGGCAGAAUCGUUAGAUGACUGGUGCAAGAAGCACAAUGUGCCUGGCAUCACCGGUGUGGACACUCGCGCCAUCACUACGCUCCUCCGUGAUCAGGGUACGACUCUUGGACGAGUUGCUGUUGGCAAUGACGCAUUUUUACCCCCUCCCACCGAGUCUGAGUACUGGGAUCCCACUACACAGAACCUCGUUGCUCAAGUUUCCACGAGAGAACCUUACACUUUCAACCCUGGUGGAUCCGUGAAGAUUGCAGUUCUGGACUUCGGCUCCAAAGCCAACAUUCUGCGAUCCCUGGUGAAGCGAGAUGCGUCCGUCACGGUUCUCCCUUGGGAUUUCGAUUUCAACACUGUUCGAGACCACUUUGAUGGUUUAUUCCUGACCAAUGGCCCCGGAGACCCAACGCACUGCAUGGGGGCUGUCAUGAACGUGCGCAGGACAUUGAAAGAAUGGCACAAACCGGUUUUCGGAUUAAAAGCGUAUCGCAUGCGGUUUGGAAAUCGUGGUCAUAACCAACCUGUGUUGGCGCUGGCUAGUUCCGGGUCUAUCAAGGCUGGUAGGGUUUACGUGACGAGUCAGAACCACCAAUACGCUCUUGAACUUACGGAUCCGUUCCCUUCGGGAUGGGAACCGUUCUUUAUCAAUUGCAAUGACUCAUCUGUUGAGGGCAUCAAAUCCACGAUCUCUUCUGGCAAGCGUGUCUGGGGUGUUCAGUUUCAUCCCGAGAGCGCUGGUGGCCCGCUCGACACCAUUGAGAUGUUCACUGACUUCAUCGAUGAGUGUAAGGAGGUGAAGAAGUCUUCUUUCACAUCUCAAGAGCCUUUUAUGCCCGCCAUACCCAAGGAAAUGUUGCGCACUCCUAUUGCUGCUACUGCUUGAUGACCAAAAGUAGCUUCAUCAUUUCAACAAAAUGUACUUAAUGUGUGUCUCGAAAAUAGUCGUGUUUUGACAACU